UACGCUGCAUAAGAUAACACAUGUGGUGCAGUUUCUUCAGAUUGUGUGUUCCUGCGCAAAAUGGAGAUGUGGUCGGGUCUGGGGACGGUCAUGGCGACAAUUCUGCUGAUCAGAUCAAUAGCUAAAGAAUAUCUUCCGCCGGAGUUCCACGACCAUUUUACAGGGUUUCUGAGGAAACUCUCUAAGUAUUUCUCGUCAUACAUCACCAUUAUCAUUGACGAAAACGAGGGCAUGAAAGUAAGCGAGGUUUAUGAGUCAGUUCAGUUAUAUUUAAGCGUGCGAUCCUCUUCUGCAGCCAGUAGAUUAAAGCUUAACAAGCCGAAGAACGCCAAGGAGUUCACCUACACCAUGGAUAAGAAUCAACAGAUCGUCGAUGAAUUCGACGGCGUCAAAGCCUGGUGGACUUUCCACAGCAGAGAGCUCAAACAGCAGAUGUUUUCCUGGAAUUCCAUCUCAGACGAAAAGCGGUAUUUUGAGCUCAAAUUCCACAAGAAGGACAAGUCCAAGGUUUUUGAAACCUAUCUGCCGCACGUCAUGGCGGAAGCCAAAAAAAUCGAGCUCCAAAACCGGCAUCGGAAGAUUUACACUAACAAAGGCGGCGAGAACAGGUCGUAUGAGUACAGAAACCGGGUUUGGACACCGGUGGUUUUCGAUCAUCCGUCGACCUUCGAAACCCUGGCUCUUGACCCUGAGUUAAAGGACGACGUACAGAGAGACCUCACAAAGUUCUCACAGAGGGAAAUGUAUUAUAAGAAGGUCGGCCGUGCCUGGAAAAGGGGGUAUUUGCUCUACGGCCCGCCGGGAACCGGAAAAUCGAGCAUGAUUGCUGCAAUUUCUAAUCAUUUGCACUAUGAUAUUUAUGACCUGGAGCUAACCGAAGUUAAGAGCAAUACUGAGCUCAGAAAGCUUCUGAUUGCUACCACUAACAAGUCAAUUAUUGUGAUUGAGGACAUCGACUGUUCGCUGGAUCUGACGGAUCGGAAAAAGAAGCCUAAGAAAGAGAGCAAGGAAGAGUCCGAUCCGGCCACCGGAAAACCAGAGAACGAGCCGCCGGAAAGCAAGGUGACUUUGUCCGGGGUUUUAAAUUUCACAGAUGGCUUGUGGUCCUGUUGCGGCAGCGAGCGGAUUAUUAUUUUUACGACAAAUCAUGUUGAUAGGCUGGAUCCUGCGCUUCUUCGGUCAGGGCGCAUGGAUAAGCAUAUUCAUUUGUCUUUCUGCACUUUUCCUGCAUUUAAAGUUCUUGCUAAAAAUUAUCUUGGCGUUGACGAUCAUCCUCUGUUUGAACAAGUUGAGGUUUUGAUGAAGGAGGCGCAGAUUACACCAGCGGAUGUAAGCGAGGAAUUGAUGAGGGCGAGUGAUAAUCCCACUGGUGCGCUUGAAAACCUGAUUGUAUCACUUGGCAAGGCUAAGGAAAAGGCUGAUCUUGCAUUGGCUAGUUCAAAUGGCAGUGGAGAAGCAAAUUUAGUUGCAGAAGAAUCCGUGAUACCUGAAGAGCCACAUUCAAAUGAGGGAAGUUCUGAAUCUCUAGCAGACGAGGAAAAAUCUCCGAGUAUUUAAUUAGAUUAAGAAAUGUGUGGAGAUUAGUACAGUUUGAGUUUGUCUAGUGGUAGAUGAUAUGUGCUUUUGAAAGAGAGGUUACAAGAGGGGUAGGGUGUGUAAUUUUAAUUGUCUCUGGGUUAUGUAUUUAUUAUGUUUUUCCUUUCCCAAGCAAUUGAAACAAUUUAGUGGUUGGUCCUUAGAAUUUAAAUAAAGAAUGUCCGUAAUUUUCUUCCGAAAAGAAAAAAAUAUUUUAUUGUGUAAUUUUUCUAUUAUGGAUUCAAACUUGAUAAGUAAUUAAUUUUAUUUUAAUGAA